AAGUAAAAUGAAAUGUCAAGAAGAAGAAGAAAUUAAAGCACCCAUUCCACCGCAUAAAUACCCUUCAUUCUUCAUUCAUUCCAAUUUCCACCUCACUUUCUCUCUCUACACUUUCUCUCUCUACAAUCCACCACCAACAUCACAAUAUUUACUAUUUUAUCACCAUGUCUGCUCAAGAAGACGACUGGGUUCAGCUCGCUUUCACCGACGACACUCUCGUCGUUCAGCUCCUCUCCGCCCUUAAACAAACCGUCUCUUCUUCCUCUCUGUCCCCGCCGCAGCAACCGUAUAAAGCUUUUUCUCCGGCGUUGAAAAUUGACUGGAGCGUUAGACAGCGGCGGUCCAAGCAAAUUUCUAGGAAGAAAAGUGACGCGGCUACCCGUGCUAGUCCUACCACGCCGCUUUCUUGGAGCGGCGGCACUUCCUCCGUCAGCGGCGGUGGAUUUGAAGAGUCGUCUUGUUUACCUGCUACCAAUAAAACUGUUGACACCGCGAGAUCUAAGGUUGCUGUUACUAAUGAGACGCAAACGACAAAGCGGUCGAGAAAGAAGAGGACUUUACAUGAGCUUAAAGAAGAGGAGAGUUUCCUGUUGACGGAAAGGAUUAGUUUGAAAAAUCUACUGGAUACCUUGCGUCUCACUGUAGAGAAUCAGAGAGCUGAAAAUGAAAGCUUGAAGAGAUUGAAGGUCGAUUUGCUGUCAAGGCAGACACCACACAUAAUUAGAGCUGCAGUUAAAGCUGAGGAAAUCCAUUCACUUACAUCAAAGCAAAUAAACUUAUCACAUUCGAUGAGUCAGUUAACUGCAGCAUGCAAUAAACUCGAGACAUUUUCGUCAGAUGCAACCUUCCAGAAACAAGAAGAUGGAGAUAGUAAGUCCGGGUUUAUGCUACCGGACCUAAAUGUAGCCGUGGAAGAUUACUCAGGCACCGAUAUAUUAUGUGGAAUAAGCUGAGAAGAAUCAGUUGGAUACUGAUAGUAAAUUUUAUGUGAAAUGAGGCCUAACAAGUAGCACAGAUGUAAGUAGUAAAAUUACUGCCUUCACUGCAUAAGUUUGUUGUUUUUUUAUACCGAAGGUACUGAGGGUAGUGUAGAGAUCCUAAUCAUUAGUUCACAGUUUUAGAUUCUUUACUUAGGCAGAUUUCUACAUUCUUCCAAAUUCUUUGGGGCAAAACCCUCAUUCCUUCUGUUUUCUUCUUUUAGAAAUUAUAAACACAUAAAUUGUAAUUUUUUCUAUAGAUAAUCAGACAUUUUUGGUAUUAUUUGAGUUCAA